UUGUAUUUUAAAUACGUAAUACCGUUACAUGUAAUCCGUUACUCCCCAACCCUGGUUAUGUUUUAUUUUCACAAACCGCCUCCCGUAUUCAUAUCUAUGCCGCCUCCUCUUGGCGAUAAGAGAUGACAAUACACGACUUUUAUUUUGAAACACCUCAGUGAAUAGCGGAAGUGUGUGAGCAGUUGUUGAGGCAGACAGAGUGCAGCAUGGCGUACACGGCGAAAAUAGGACCUUCAAUUUUGAGCAGCGAUCUGUCGCAGCUCGGGAGAGAAUGUGAGAGAAUGAUGGAGUGCGGUGCUGACUUUCUGCACCUUGACGUUAUGGAUGGACAUUUUGUUCCAAACAUCACAUUUGGGCAUCCUAUGGUGGAAUGUUUACGAAGUUCUAUUGGUCCUAACCCAUUUUUUGACAUGCAUAUGAUGGUGUCCAGGCCAGAGCAGUGGGUGAAGCCCAUAGCAGCCGCAGGAGCCAAUCAGUACACUUUCCACCUGGAAGCCACCACCAACCCUGGCAACCUCAUCAAGGAAAUCAGAGAGAGUGGCAUGAAGGUUGGUCUUGCCAUCAAACCUGGAACAACUGUUGAAGAAUUAGCACCAUGGGCUAGACAGAUCGAUAUGGCUCUUGUCAUGACAGUAGAACCUGGCUUUGGUGGACAAACGUUUAUGGAAGAUAUGAUGCCAAAGGUGAGCUGGUUAAGAAGUCAGUUCCCUUCUCUGGACAUUGAAGUGGAUGGAGGAGUUGGUCCAGACAGCAUCCACAGAUGUGCAGAGGCUGGAGCUAACAUGAUUGUGUCGGGCAGUGCUGUGGUGGGUAGUGAUGACCCUCGCUCCGUAAUCGCCCUCCUCAAAAAUGUUGUAAUUGAGGCAAUCCAGAAACGUUCUUUGGACCGCUGACCAUCUUGAUGUUUUAUCUCCGUCUGUUUUCAGUCACCACUGAAAGUUUUUUGUAGAGAUUCUGAGAUUGAAUUUUUAUAUACAAAUGUGUUCUCGAAUGUUCAGUGGUGCCUCUGAAUGGGCAUGACCUUGUGCGGGAUGUGCCAAAGGUGCAUUUGCACAUCUAGAGACCAUGAGAACUGCCCCUGCCAAGACUCUUGUUUGGAUACAACAGAAGUUUCAGCUGUGUACCACCAUCAAGAACUGCUUGAGUUAAUACAGAAUGUCUCUUGUCGCUCUCCUUUUAGUGACAACAAUAUGACCAUUCCUCUCUAAAUGAUACUGUUGUUCUGAUUUAAAAUAUUUUGCCUGAAACCAAAUUUCAGCAAAUUUUUUGCUUCUGUCAUAGCACCCAUAACGGAGUGUGUGAGAGGGAAAAUGGCUACACCAUUGAUGAUAAAGCUGCUAAUAACUUUUUUAUUAUGGGUUCACUGUUUUCAGAUUGUGACUCAAAUACUGUAUUACUCAUUUACUGCAGAUCAUGACAGUUCAAAUGGAUUUUGAUCAUUUAUUGAACAUUCCAUCAACCUGUUUUUCAAGAGGACUCUAAAAUGAUAAAAGCAUUAAUCAAAACAGUUUAAGUUGUUUUUUUUUUUUGUGUCUAUUUUAAAUCAUAAAUAUGAACAAACAUUUGGCCAUUACUGAACAUUGCAUUAAUUGAAGGACCAAGUAAGGUUAGCUGUCACCAAACUAAACGAUUAUAAUAGCAAAGAACCAUUCAUUAAUGUGAACAUUUUAAUUGAAAUAUGAAGGAAUGGGUUGGUAUUGAAAUUGUGCCCACAGAACAGAAGCAGAUCCGUUAAUUAAAUGUAUAAUCUGUAAGUGUCUGUCCACAGCCAGGACCUCUGGAUAGCAGGUCCUGUGCUUUCCAAAAUAUGAUUCUUUCUUUCACUUUGUGCCAUCCUUUGGCCAAAUCUCCAAAUAUACCACAGGGCAUCAAUGUUUGGAUCUACAGGGCAUAAUAGAACAUUAAUAGAAAACUAUAAUAAUAAAGGCAAGAUCAUUUUAUUUGUAGUAAGUCAUUUUCACCUCUUAUCUCGGAUAAGCGUAAUGGUGGAUCAUUGUGAGAUUUUGGCUGGGAUAGACUCACUAAUAGCAUAAGAAUACAAAGCAGAGCACACAGCUUUACUGCCAUUGCUUAGUGUAUGGCACCAGAGAGUGAGCAAAGUGCCACCUGAUAAUAUCUGCAAAGUGAUUGAAUCAAAGCACGGUCAUUUGUCUUUCUACCAUUAAAAUGUCCUUAAUUUAGAACUGGAAAUAA